AUGCAGAUCCAGCGGUGCUGGCGCGGCUACAUGGGCCGGCUCAGGUGGGAGACGGAGUACGAGCGCCUUUGGUCGCGGGAAACCGCUGCGCUCAUCAUCCAGAGGAACGUUAGGGGCUGGCUGGCCAGAAGUGCCGUGACCGGCCGGCGCAAGCGCAAAGCGCGUGCAGAGUUCGAAAGAGCAAGGAGGCGGUUCAAGGCCGCGCAGAAGAUCCAAGCGCUGACGCGCGGCGUGCUCUGCCGCAAGCGCGUUAAGGCUUUCUGGCGCCGAAAAGUGGAGGCCGCCACGACCAUCCAGCGCAUCUGGCGGGGUCACCGCCUGCGCUGCCAGCGGAGGGACCAGGAUCGACGGCAGCAACUCGUCAAGAUCCAGUCGAUGUGCCGAACGUUCCUGGUUCGCUCCCGGCGCUUUCACCUCCUCGCGAGGGUGAUCCUGGUGCAGCGCCACUGGCGCAAGUGGCUGCGCUACAUCCCUGAGGCCGAGCGCGCGCGGAGGCGGGAGCGAUCGCUGCAGCAGCGCAAGGCGGCGACCAUCAUCCAGCAAGGCUUCCGUGACUCCCAGAGCUACGCGAAAGAUGCGGCUGCGGGGCCUUCGGAGGCUCCGCCGGUCCCGGAGGGUGCCGAGGAGUGA